AGGCAGCAGCUGUGGACGGAGACCAGCGGUCUGAGAUGAGGAUCAAGAAGCUGAGAGACGUUCCUGUAUCAAUGAUGGAGGAAAGGAUGCAUGAGCUUACACCUGAUUUAGGUGGAUAUAUGAAGGACAUCUUACAAAGUGAUGAUGGACACGAGAGAGGAGGUGAGGAGACGUUAACUCCAGAGACGUUUUUUAGACCUUUGGGAGAGGAAACAAGGAGACAGGAGUCUGAACGUGACCCCGUCAGACAGGAGACUCCAGAGACUCACAGUUAUUAUGAUUCAUGGAUGAAUAGGGAGGAAGAGGAGGAAAGGGAGGGCAGGCUGGUGGCUGGGAUUACUCCUCGGGAGAAGGAAGUAGGAAAUGAGGAAAGGAAGGAAGGUGCAGAUGAAGGGGAGAACAUAAAAAGUGCAAACCGUAAAGAAUUAAAAGAAAGAGAGGAGGAAGAUCACACGGUGGUUCGUAAUCUCACACCUCCUCUGAGCACAUCCUCUGCCUCACUUCAGCCUCCACCAGUCCUGCUUACACCCACAUCACAACCUCUGACCUCCUUCAGCAGAGUUUAUCCUCAGGCUUCCUCUCCUCCACUCACUCCAGAUCCUUCAGAGAGUCCGGCUCUAACAGUGGAUCCUGAUGUGAAGAGGUCUAUUCUCCUGCUUGAGGAUCUGCUCUCUCAGGUGUUUCACAGUCCUGGUCCUGGACAUCAACUCCAGCUGAAUGAGCUGGAGGAAAAGCCAGAUAUAGAGGAUGCGAUGGUCAAAAGUCUGCUGUUUAAACCAGCGUGGAAGGAGGAAACCACGAGUGAAAGAAACAAGAAAGAGGACGAAUUCAUCCCAAAGGUUCACGCAGCUACGCCGAAAACAAAAACAGAGCCCAAAGAUUCUAAAGAGCCUCGUCCUGCUCUGAGAAUCACUGAAGAGAACAAUCCCAGAGUCAAACCAGUCCAAGGUUUGAAUAAAAUAAACAUCACAAAACCAACAGGAGAGCCGCAGCUGGUGGAAAAUGACACCAAAGUUAGCGUGAAGCGAAACAAAGCGUCUCCUCCUCCGUCACGACCUUCAGUCAAACAGCAGCCGACCACAAAAACCAAAACAGCUUCAAACAGGCCGACCAAGAGCGGCAAGAAUAAAACCAUGAAGACGUCCAAAGACAAGAAGAAGAAGAAGGACAAUAAAACACAAAAAACACCACAGAAGAAGAAGGAGGUGAUCACACCGACGUACUUCCCGUACUUCAUGGAUAACUACUGUCCUCAGGAGUGUGCCUGCUACGGGAGAGUGGUCCAGUGUUCAGACAAAGGCGUGGACAAGGUUCCUUACGGUAUCCCCUAUAACGCUCGCUACAUCCUCCUCAUGAAUAACCGCAUCGACAGCAUCCAGCUGGACCUGCUGGACGAAUACGUCUCCAUGGAGUUCCUGGUGCUUAGCAACAACCGGCUCACGGAUGGCUCAAUAGAAGGAGCCUUCGAGGGGAUCCCGGCUCUGAAGCGGCUCUACCUGGACAGGAACUUUUUGGAAAGCGUCCCAAACGACCUUCCUGUGUCUCUGGAGGAGCUCCGGCUGGACAACAACCACGUGAGUGUGAUGUCAGAGGCCGUGUGGGCUCGCUGCCCCGGCCUUUUGGUCCUCAGCCUCAGCAACAACAGCCUGGGGAAUGGGUCUGAAUCCCUCCCUGAUAAGGUGCUCUCUCCUUUAAGCAACCUGCGCACCUUGAACCUGGAUCACAACCAGCUGAAGUCAGUCCCUCUGGGGUUACCGUGCUCCAUCAAGGAGCUCUACUUUAAAGGGAAUCUCAUUGAGCACUUUAGAGGGGGCGCCUUCAACGGACGAUCAGAACUGGUCCUGUUAGAUUUGAGUGCAAACAGACUCACUAACAAAGGUCUGUCCCGGGACUCUCUGGUCAACGCUACACUUCUAGAAAGCCUCAAUCUAGAAGGAAACAGACUGAAACAGGUACCCAAACAUCUCCCUCGCUCGCUUAAGACUCUAAAUCUGGAAGGCAAUCUCAUAACAUCCGUUAAAAAAGCGGUUUUCAGCACCUUGAAAAACCUGGAGCACUUAGGUUUAGCCAGGAAUAAGAUCUUCAAAGUGGCUCCGGGGGCCUUCAAGGCACUGCUGGUCCUGCACCAGUUAGAUCUGUGCUACAACACCUUACGCCAGGUGCCCAGACAGCUCCCGCAGGCUCUGCACUCUGUGGCGCUCACGCACAACCGGAUCCAGUCGGUGCCUCGAGACGCUUUCUGCUGGGGGAGCGAGAGUCCGGGUCUCAGCGGGCUCGUACGGGUGCAGCUGGAGAACAAUCUAAUCGAUAUGGGGAGGCUGGAUGCUCAGGCGUUCAGGUGCUUACGGGGGUUUCAGGUGGUGCACUUCUACUGAAACUGCUCAGAUGAUACACACGAUGAACGCUUUUUAAGGCUCUAGAGAAAUGGUGAUGCUAAAGCUACGCCAGACAUGAAUGUUUAACUGACCCGAGCAUGUAAAAAAACUCCUGUUUGACUCUGCGGCUGCUUUAAUGGAGUUCAUUUUCUCCCCACAGGCUGUUUUUGCCAAACAGCAUGCUUCAGGUUUUUGGAGAACAAUGACUGAUUGUAGGAGAAACGGUCCAGGCGAGGUUAUCUGGGACCAAAUUAUGCAACUGCCAGAGCUUAGUGUGGGUUUUUCAUGAGCAGUUUCCAAAGCAGAGCAAUUCAGAGUAAUAACCAGAGGGAAACAUUUGGUCUCCAUUACGUGCAGGAGCAGAUUAUUCAGAUGAGUCAAACACACGGUGAUGUUUCAUGGAGGACAAAAACAAGAACGCAAGCGGAAACUUUUGGUGUUGGAAAAAGAAGCCUGCAGUUCCUCGAGUGUCCACUUGAGGCAGGCCCCAAAAGCCCACUCAGUCCCAUUAACACCCAUGUUAAAGCGCCCAUCUCUAGAGCAGGUCUGAAUGUUAUUACAGGGUUUGUCUCACUUGUGUCGCAGCUAGCUUCAGUCGUUCCCUCGCAACACUGGCUGCAGUCAGGUGUUGGGAACCCAAGCUAGUUGACACUGCGACCUUUGACCCCUCAUUUAUAGUCAGCCUAGUUCUUCCAACAGUCUUUUGUCGAGCAGUCCAGCCCGAUGAAGCACACAUUGAACACAUUUCUCAUUUACACACCUGCAACUGUUCAAACAAGCAUUUUUAGAGCUUCCUGUAGGAUCCCCCAUCCGUCCAUGAACACAGCGCCCCCUGCUGUUACCUGGCAGGAGGUCUGUUCUCACCUGUGAGGUCACUGCUGCACACACCAACCAUUUAACACUGUCCCUGGUCACAGCAGUCAUCAGGGUGAGUUAUUACCGAGAGAUCUGUUGACUCCUUCAAUGCAGACGCACUCUCUUUCUACUCAGCGCCCCCUGUUGGUGAAGUUCCCAGGAGGCAGACUCAACAGCUUGCACUGCUUUGAGGUUCUUCUGCAGUGGAGCUUCAAACAUGCAUACCUGCAUUUCUCUAAGUGAUGGAUCAGGACUUCUUUCAUGGAUUCAGUAAUCCUUCUAAACCAAGACAGCUAACUUUAAACUGCUUUGAGAAUUGUCCUGCAUUAAAAAUAAUGAAAAAAGUGUCUCCAAAUGAGGGCUGACUCUCGAUUGAGGAUGUAAAUAUUGUAAACUUGAUGCUAAUUAAAACCUUCCCAAAACAGA